AUGCAAUGUCUCCUCACAGUUACCCGAGGACGACGCAGAUGGGGACGAAUGCCCGUUAGUUUUUUCCACAAUAUGACCGGCGAGAACGAGAACUACAAUGACGAGUACGAAGAGGCUAUUCUGCUGGCUGCUGAAAACGGGGACGUGGAUAGACUUCGAGUUUUGAUCGCUGAGAAUGGGUCUCUCGUCAACAUCAGGGAUACUGAUGGAUAUUCACCUCUGCAUCGGGCAUGUUACAGUGAUAAACCUGAAGCUGUUAAGGGUCCAAUUGCAUUGUCAUCCUCUGCACUGGUGCUCAGAAUCCCUGGUUCUUCUUCUGGAUCUGGCAAAAGUUGCUUUGCUAGCUGCUUGAACAGGAUGAAGUUUGUUGUGUGCACUCCUUACAUGUACUGUCUCAUUGGAUUAUUCUCCUUGAUCCAGCUUCUGUUGGAGAAUGGAGCAUCAGUGAAUGGAGCAACUGUUGAUGGCUGGACUCCUCUCCACUCAGCAUCUCGAUGGAAUGCCUUCCGGUGUCUCUCCUUACUUCUCAUGCAACCAGGAAUUGAUGUCAAUGCGCACAGUAAAAGUGGUCAAACACCGCUGCAUAUUGCUUCUUCGACUCGGAAUGGUCGAGAGUCCAUUCAUCUCCUCCUGAACCAUUCAUCAAUCUUCCCAGAUGUGCAAAACUCUGUAGGAGAGACUCCUCAAGAGUUGGCAGAGAGACUGGGUCCUUGGGCUCAUCUCUUUGAGCUCAUUCAUCCAUCACUGAACAGUAUAUAAUCAAUUCUGCUCCAUCUGGAAUCAUAUGCUUCUCUCACUGCCAUGAUAACAAUGUGGGAUAUUUACCAGCAUUGCUUUUGGGUUCAUGAUUUGCUCAAUUGAUAUGGGUGAUCAAUUUUUGAUUGUUGAAGAUGACAUGUGAUGCAUUUAAAAAAAUUAUUUUGUACAGAAUCUUGUCAAAAUCUAUGAUGGUAUCCAAAUAUAU